CCAACGGCAGAUACCGUCAUUCCUCGUGCUUCUGCUAGGGGUUGAUGUUGAUGCACGUGGUCCUAACUAACCAACUAACUGGAAGAAGGAAGUGAAUCGCAGUGUGUCGUCAGUGGUGCAUUUUGCCCAGUGCAGUCGCGUUGUUGGCGGACUUGAACGGUGGUCUCGUAAGAUUGGUUUGGAAAAUCGUUUUGCAGAAGGAUUAAAAGUGAAGGCGGCAGAUUAUGUCCUGUGAUAAGAUUGCGCGGAAAAGAUUUUGAAAUUAUUUUUCACCGGCUCCAGUAAACUCAGAGCGGGGGAGAGUAGUUAGUAGUGAAACGUGAUGAAUGGGAAGAACGGUGAUAGCAAAACCAUUUCCGACGACGCUGCCCUUUGUUGACUUUGUUAAUUAAUUCUGUGAAAAAGGACGGUUUGGAGCAACAAGUGGCGUGGCGGUUUGAUGGACCGCGAGUUUAAGUGGCGAAACUCAGGAUUGGUUAUUGUGUGAAGCGAUAAUUGUGUUGGACAGAGUCAUCAAAAUUCCACUCACAAGCCGAAACCAGCUCAAUUAAUUUGAACAACCGGUGGUCAAGUUCCUAAAUCAACAAAGCCCCGCCAAAUCCGUAAUAUAUUUGGUGUAAAAACACAUAGCAUCAUCAGUGCACAAAUAAUAGUGAUAAAACAAUUCCGCGAGAAAGCCGCUAGCAGGGCAAAGUUAAACAAUCCCGUGCACUUCUCGGACGGCAAAACUCCGUCAUCGAAUCCAGACUUCUCAUCCUAUUCGUGCUCAGUGCUAUAACCGUGUGAUAGCAAGGCAACGCCAUGAAAGGAGUCCUGGCACUGUGCCUUCACGUGAUGGUACUCAGCUUUCAAGCAAAGGCCUGGCAAAUGGUGCGGAAUCCGUUCGAGUUCAUCAAGCCACCGGAGAAGAUUCAUCCAGUGACAGAUUGUAUGCAUGUGACAUCGGAGGAGGGUGAGUACUUCUUCAAGAAAGUGGCUCCAAUUGUUUCGGUCCCCAAGCACGGUCGGCUAAUUGAUAUCCUCAGCGCUGCGCCGGUUAUGGAUGUGUGCGGGCUGUAUUUCGUCACCGAUCCGGACAAAAUUGUGGAAGUUACCGUUAAACAUAUCGACGUCAACUGUGAGCUCGGUGGACUGAUGUCCUUCGUCGAUGGUUGGGAACUGAAUGGGAUGUACUUUCCGACCGAGUACGAUCAUGGCAAGAGUAUGGACCAACGGGUGGAGGAAUUCUGCAACGAUCCGAAACUGUGGCCGUUCAAACCGGUUCGGAAGGCGUUCCGAUCUAGUCAGAAUGCGGCUCUGGUGCAGUACCGGAUACCGAUCAGUGGAUCGUUUGUGGUGUCGGUGCGGUAUGUUCAUAAUCCGGAUCCUUGCAAUAUUAUGGCAGAAGGUGUCGCUCCGUUUUACACCCUGAAAAACAAUGGCAAACACCGGAACUGUUCGUUGACGGCUGUAUUCCCAGCGGUUAUGUCUGUUGUUGGUGUGGACAUAGGCGAACAAAAGGAUGGCGUUAAUUAUGAUUGCGAUCGGCCGGAAUUCGCGGACAAGCUGAACAUCGGCGGCUCGACCGGCUUGGACUCCUCCGGCAUGGACUUGUCCAGUUCCGUUUGCGGCAAAAGCGUCGAACUGGGCCCGGAACAGGCCAUCUUCUGCGGCACCACCACGGCUCGGUUGAUCUCCAGCGGUCGGUACACCAAUCAAGCAAUGAUCGCCGUUCGGUUAGCGGACGAAAAUGACAUUUCCCUGGCGACGGUUCUCUGCGAUAUGCGACGGAAGAAGAAAAAGUAAAUCAAGAAAAGUUGUACUCUUUUUCUUAUCAUACGGACACACAUAAACUGUAGAAUCAUUCAAGAUCACCGGAAGGAAUGGGUAUUGCGAGAGAAUGUUAUAGUUGGAAAAUUGCUCUAAUUAGAAAAUGUCUGUAGGAAAUGUAAUUCUGUUUCGGAUGAAAGAGGGAAAUAAGUAGAAAGAAACGUAAGAUCUACAAGAGCCGAUAUUUAUUUCAAAUACACACUAAUAAGAUUGGAGAAAGCAAAACAUAUAAAAGCACAGGCACCUAGAAGCAUCAUGUAUAGUGAAUUAUAGAAAUAAAACUUUUAGUGUUAACUUUGACA